GAUUUCCUAUGAAACACUGUCAAAUCAUCAAUGUUCGGCAGACGUUACACAUUUCUAACCGGGGAGCUUUUCAUAUAAUCUUUUGUCAACGAUUUUUCGUGACUUAUUCGAUCUCAACCAAUGAUCACUUAAAACAGUAAUAAACAGUGCAAAUCUUUGAUUAUUUCUUACAUGAAAUUAUCCCAUUGUUUCAUCUAUUGUUUUGAGUGGUAUACGUACUGUGUGCAAUGUUUACUUUGCAUUUCAAGGAUGUGGAAUUAAAGUGGAGAAGAAGUGAAUUAUGAUUCAAAUCACUGUUUAUGAUAUCAAACAUACAGAGAUGCCAACUGUCCUAUACUGGAUUUACAUUUUUUCUCUGAAAAUAUUUAUCUUACUUUUUUUCAUUUUUAAAUUUAAGAAAAAGACAAUUAGCAAAUUUGCUCUGGUCUGAAAUCUGAAACAAGUAAAAUCUGCUGAGUUUGAUGAGGGAUGAAAUGUCGAGAGAUUUUUGGAAUAUCAGAUUUUUACAUUUUUAUUGAUAUUUAGAUUAAGCACAUUCCAUCAAUAAAAUACUUUCAGAGGAAUUUUAACUUGAAUUUUAUUUUGGAAAAUCUCCUUUUUGUGGUCCCAAACAUAAUGUAUUUAAGUUGAUAUAAUUUUGUUGAUAAAAUAUUAAACUCAAAAGUCAAGUGUCGUGAAACUUUACAACAAUAUUCUCCUUAAAGAUAUCUGAUAACCAGCAAAAUCUGAAAGCUUUUUAAAACAUUUGUAUAGGUUUAAAAUCUCUGAAUGGCUAAUAUGUAAGGUGCACUACAUGUAUAUCUUGGACUGUAAGGCCCAAGAUAAACAAAUGUGUACUGAGGCCGGCCUUGGAGAUACCUUGACAUACAGUGUAUACAUCAGCUCAGCUUACUAUUUUUGAUUGCUAGACUGGACUGUGUCCACCUACGUACAAGGCGAUGUGAGUCCCUCAAUUACUCUAAGGUGGCUUAAGCAUUGAACUACAAAUAGCUAGCAAAAGUUAUUACUAACGAACAAGAGAAAAUGUUGACGUGAAAAGACAGUUGAUUCGUGUCACUUAACCCUAAAAAGACUGGAUUUAUUGCAAAAAAUGACAGUGGGGGCUGAAUCAGCCCUCCCCCUCAACAUUUUUCGUGAUAAAUCCACCACUUAAAUUUUUAUUACUGCAUCGCUCAUUGACUUUUUACUUUUUUAAAGUCUUGUGCAACUUCUGAGAUAAAAAAUGCGACCCCCAGGUAAGCGGUUCCGAGAUUACGCAACAUUUUGUAAGUGCAUGCAGACCCAAAAUUACUCAAAAAUGUGAAUUCGUGUAAAAAUCCAAUGCAAAUAGUGUUUUUAGCCAUAAUUCAUAAAUGUACAUGUAUCAUUUAUUUUUCCUUUUACUAAUUAAAAUCAAAUGAUCUCUUGUUCAUGGUCAAAAUAAAAUGCCCAACAAUUUCCAUUGAAAAAAAGCAAUAAACAAAAAGUGGAAAACAAGGAACAUCAGAAAUCUAGAAAACAAUGUGAUGUUGAUUUUUUAAACUACAUUUGAUCAUAUUCCUAUAAAGAGUCUUUGAUCCAAAAUUAGCAUAUGAUAGGCAUUAUUUACUGAAUUAGAGCAAACUUUUUUAUUUAAUGCAUAAUCAAUUAGCCAUGAGAUUUUUUCGCAGAAUUUGACCAUUGAGUUUUGUAGAAAAUGCUAUGGAUAAGGCACGUGCCAAUUUUUGUCGCGAUCAUGCUAUUGACGGCCGAGAUCUUAAGGGGGACUGAUUCAGGCCCCCCCCCCCCCAGUCUUAGGCGUCGAAAUAGCCCAGUCUAUUUAUGGUUAAAUAGGCGAUGUGGAUAAAGAAUCUCAAAGCAGUUUCAGUCUUCUAGCAUGUGUGGAACACCACCCAAAUUGCUUGGUUGAGGCCGGCUCAAAAGCUGGUGUUGGAUGUGGCUUCAAACCCAAUGCAUGUGUAUCUUGGGUCUUAGCCUGAAGAAUUUGGCAAAAGACUACCUCUCUAGCAUCACAUAAAAGAACCCACAAAGUCAUUUCCUGACACUUUAUAAGUCAAUAGGGCGUUACAUUUACAUGUAGCUUUUCUAAAUUAGGUACAAUUUUCAGUCAGACUGAAUUCUUUUCAACAAUUUUACAUGACUGCCUGGGAAGCAAUAAAUCAUUAGUAUGGUCUCUGCUUACUUUCUCUGGAUGGUUAUAGGAUAGAUAUUAGAAGCAUUCUGUUCCAUUUUUAAACUCAUCAAUGAUAAUAAUAAUAAUAUUCCGCAUUUAUAAAGUGUUAAUACAUCGGAACGACGUCUCUAAGCGCUUUACAGACAUAUUAUUACCCCGGUCAUCGGAUCCUUGCAUGCCCGCAUACAAUGUAUGCACCCUCUCCACUCCCUGGGGAGCAUUCCAACAAGAGUUCCAAGACUCAAUUGCUAGGCAUACUACAUAGGCUUUCGCAUCCUACCAGGUACCCAUUUAACACCUGGGUGGAGAGUGGCAAAGUGUGGAUUAAUGCUUGCCAAAGGACGCUAGGCCAUGGUGGGAUUCGAACACACGACCAUCUGAUUACAAGGCGAGAGUCAGAACCACUUCACCACGACGCUUCCACAUGAUAAUUAUAUGCUCAGAUGGGAAUUCAAAUGUGCAGAGCACCUGUGAAGGUAUCAGGAAAUAUUAGGAAAUGUCAGGUGAUACAUCAUGUGACAGAUCACAUGCUCAUGGACAGAGUUCUGCUACAAGUGCUAACAUGUCAGAUCAAUUGGCUGGAGACAUCACGACUCAAUGAGGGUAUGGUGAGAUGGUUGAAGAAGCAUUUUCAAGGAAGUUAUUUUCAACUAGAAGUAAUCAACAUAAUCCUCCCCCGGACCCUGGCAUUGAUAAACCUUUUCUCUGCCCUGUUUGCAGUAAAGGAUUUACCCACAGCGAUUGCUUUCAGAGUCAUAAAAACCCAUCGAAAGGAAAGGACUCAUGUGUCAUUUAUGACGAACCUGCGAAGAUGUUUGCAAUUACAUGCGGACCCACACUGGAGAAAAACCAUAUGUAUGCUCCAUCUGUGAUCAACGCUUUGGUAGGAACUAAAGUCUCAAAAAAAUAUAUAGCACGUCAAAGCUGAGGGUAGCAACAUCACUUGUCAACGUGUGAUAAAAUGUCUAGUAGAAAAAGUGCUUGUAUUACAAGAUGAAAGUUAUGUCAAUACAACAGUUUUGUUGUGAAAAAAUUUCCAAGCUCAUCAUCUUACUGUACAGGACAGAAUCCACACAAGACAAAAUUUCUUUGAAUAUCUGUUUGUGCUAUCAAAAGCAUUUCCAUCAAGACUUCUGGUGAUCUUUUGAACCUCAUUAUCAAUGAAAAUUCCUUUGUGUCAAAGUGCCGCACAUAAUAGAUAUUUGAUUCUGCUCUUUUACUCAGGUGGAAAUUCAAGUGUACUAAGCAUCUGUGAAGAGAUCAGGAAAAAUGAGGAAAUGUCAGGUGAUACAUCAUGUGACCGAUCACAUGCUCAUGGACUGAGUUCUGCUAACAGUGCUUCCAGGUCAUAUCAAGGAGAAUUGACUGAGGACAUAAUGACCCAGUACAUGUAUGUGUGUGGUGGGAAUGUAGGCAAACAGAGCUCCUGUCAACAAAAAGGGAAUACUCAGAUAAUAUCAGGUGAUUUAUCACAUGGGAGGCAUCUCCCAGGUGACUACCCUUUACAAGGAACCCCUUCUUAUUCAUCUCCCAGAGGCAAUUGCUCAAGUGAGUAUGGCUCCUAUCUCUUACCAGACCAAGCAGAUUAUCCUCAAGGACAGUGCUCUGCUGACAGUGCUACCACGUCAAAUCAUGAUGGUGAAAGAUUGGUUCUAGACAUUGUUGUGGGGAAUGAGAAAUAUCACACAAAUUCUUUACAAAACACAAAGAAGUUAUCCCCUGUCACUGCAACGAGAAGCAUUCAAGGCAAUCCUGGCAUCGACCCCAAAGAAGAAAGCACCUUUCUCUGUUCCGUUUGCAAUGAAGGAUGUAAACGCAAGGAUGAUUUGAAGCGGCAUAUGAUCUUCCACAAAGGGAAAAAGCUUCAUGAGUGUUCUUUCUGCAACAAAACUUUUGUAUCAAAAGCCAAUCUCAUUAGACAUGAGCGAUCCCAUACUGGGGAAAGACCGUAUUCAUGCUUUAUUUGCAACAAACGGUUUCUAGAUACGUCUCAUCUAAAAGCUCAUCUGUCAAUUCACACGGGAGAAAAACCGUAUGAAUGCAGCCUUUGUAACAAAGCCUUUUCUCUUAAAGCUCCUCUAAUGGCUCACCUGAGAAUGCACAGUGGUGAGAAGCCAUUCAAGUGUUCACUCUGCAAAAACAGCUUUUCUUCCAAAAGUAAUCUCAAGGCUCAUCAGAUCAAGCACACGGGCGAAAAGCCGUACCAAUGCUCGGUUUGUGAGAAAAGGCUGUGGAAAAAAGACUCUUUAAAUCAACAUAUGAAGAUUCAUACAGGAGAAAAACCAUUUCAGUGUUCUAUUUGUUCAAAGAACUUUCGGCAGAAGAGUAAUCUUAAAAAUCAUAUGAAAAUCCAUGAAAUAUCUUCUGACGAUUUGUGAUUUCCUACGAUAAAAGUAUGGCAGAUAUUAAAAAUUAUUAUCCGACGAGCAUUUCAUAAUCUUUUGUCAGCGAUUUUCCCUGACUUAUUCGGUCUCAACCAAUGGCACCUGUCACCUUAACACAGUGCAAAUCAUUGAUUAUUUGUGACAUGAAAUUAUCCCCUUGUUUCAUCUAUUGUUUUGAGUGGUAUAGGUACCGUGUGCAAUACGUACUUUGCAUUUAAUCAAGGUUGUGGAAUUAAAAUGGAGAUGAAGUGCGGUAUUCAAAUCACUGUAUAAGAUGUCAAAUACAGUAUACAAAGAUGCCAACUGUCCUAUUUUACUGGAUUACAUUUUUUCUCACAAAAUCAAUAUGUUUUCUUUUUCAAAUAUUCUAAGAACAAAGAAAAUGCGCAAAUUUGUUCUUGUCUGAACUCUGAAUCAAGUAAAAAUCUGCUGAGUUUGAUAGGGGACGAAAUGUUUAAGAGAUUUCUGGAAUGUUAGAUUUUUUAAUAUCUACUUCAUUGAAUUAAACAUAAUUCCAUCAAUGAAAUACUUUCAGAGGGAUUUUAACUUGCAUUUUAUUUUCGAAAAUCUUUUCUUUUUGUGGUCCCAAACAUAGUGUAAGUCAAUAUAUUUUCGUUGGUAAAAUAUUUAACUCUAAGUCAAGUGUCGGGAAUCUUUACAACAAUAUUCUUCUUUAAGAUAUUUAUCUUAAUAAUGAUAACCAGCAAAAUCCAAAUGCUUUUAAAACAUUUUUUAUAGCUUGAAAAUCUCUGAAUGGCUAAUAUGUAUUAAAGUUGCACUACAUGUAUAUCUUGGACUUUAAUGCCCAACAUACACAUCCAUUAAAAAGACUAGAUUUAUUGCAAAAAAUGACAGUUGGGGGGCUGAAUCAGCCCUCCCUCCCCCAACAUUUUUUGUGAUAAAUCAACCACUUAAAAUUUUUUUACUGCAUCGCUCAUUGAGUUUUUACAUUUUUAAGUCUUUUGCAACUUUGGAGAUAAAAUUGCGACCCCGGGUACGCAGUUCCAAAAUUCUGCAACAUUUCGAAAGUGCAUGCAGACCCCAAAUUGCUCAAAAACGUGAAUUUGUGUACAAAUCCAAUGCAAAAAGUGUUUUUAGCCAUAAUUCAUAAAUGUGCAUGUAUCAUUAUUUUUUCCUUUUACUAAUUAAAAUCAAAUAAUAUCAACUUGUUCAUGGUCAAAAUAAAAUCCCCAACGAUUUCCAUUGAAAAAAAAACAAUAAAAAAGAAAAAGUUGAAAACAAGGAAAUAAAUCAAAAACUUAGAAAACAAUGAAUUAAGGUGAUGUUGAUUUUUUUUAAGUACAUUUGAUCAGAUUCCUAUAAAGAGUCUGUGAACCGAAAAUUAGAAUUUGGGAGGCAUUAUUUACUGAAUUAGAGCAAACCUUUUGAUUUUUUGCAUAAAUAAGCUUAAUUAAUUAGCCAUGACAUUUUUCGCAGAAUUUGAUCAUUGAGUUUUGUAGAAAAUGCUAUGGAUAAGGCACAUGCCAAUUUUCGUCGCGAUCACGCUUUCGACAGUCGAGUCCUCUUGGGGGUCGAAAUAAAUGUAGCCCAGUCUUUUUAGGGUUAAAUAGGCGACGUGAAUUAAGAAUCUCAAAGCAUUUUCAGUCUAAUUCUAGGGUGUGUGUAACACCACCCAAAUUGCCGGGUUCAGGCUGGCUCAAAAGCUGGUGUAAGAGGCGGCUUCAAUCCCAAUGCAUGUGUAUCUCGAGUCUUUGUCUGGAGAAUUUGGCAAAAGAUUACCUAUCUGGCAUCACAUUUAAUAAUGAACCCACAAAGACAUUUCCAUACACUUUAAAGUCAAUUUGGCAUUUCAUAUAUAUGUAGAUAUUCUAAAUUAGGUACAUUUUUCAGUCAUAAUUCUUUUGAAACAAUUUUCCACAACUGCCUGGGAAGCAAUAAACAAUUACACUGUAGGGAAUAA